ACCAUCACACACACAUACACCCACACCCACACACACACACACACACACAAAUACACACACACCGUAAGAGGAACUGAGUUUUCUUUGUCACUCGUUCACAUUUUUCUGUACCUUGAACGGAUAUUGACAAUGUUUCUUCUGCGCGUCUUGAUUCUCACAGGGCUCUUGGCGGGAGAGCAGGCCAAAACACAUUACACGCUGAGCAACAGCACGUUGUGUCUUGACGUUGAUGUUUCAAAACCUGUAAAGUACAGUGAAUGGAAGGUCAAUGAAACUAUAAUCACAACAACCUUGGAUUUAAACCCCAAUUUUACAAACAAAGUGGAUUUCCAUCCUGAGAACUUCUCCUUGUGUCUGAAAAGGCUACAAGACACAGACACUGGCACCUACAGGUUCAAGUUUGUUGGCGACUUUAAAGAUUCCCUGGUGUCACACAGAGUCAUUGUUGAAGACGUUGUUCCACGUCCUGUAAUAAUGAUUUCUCAGCUUCAAACCAACCAGUCUGGACCCUGCACCUUCAGGGUCAACUGCUCCGUCCUCAGUGAGUGGUACGGCUUGCUGUGCAUCGAAGACAAUUGCACAGCAACUUUCAAGACUUUUGAUAAGGUCAACAUCAUUGUAUCCAUUGACAAAAGGACGGUGGUCUGCGUGGGUAGCAACCACAUCAGCACUAAUAAGGUUUCUCAAACCCUGGGGCAUGUGUGCCCCAACCAGUUUCACGGUGAACGUCCAGGACUGACCAAAACAUAUUUAAACACCAUCAUUAUUUUUGUAAUUGUGGCAUUCAUCUGUUUGAUUUUGGUAUUCAUGGCCAUGAUGUGCUUUUCAAAGGGUAAAUAUCAGCAACCACCUGCUCGGUUUCUACAGAGGAAGCCGUUUGAGCAGCCGAGACUCUCCACCAUCUCCUCCACUUCACUUGAUCAUCCUUAUGAAAAUAUUGAUGCUGAACAAAUGGACCUGGGCUCCUGGGCAGGGCAGAAUGUAAAUACGUUAUACAGUGUUGUCCGGAAACCAACAAAAGUGCUUCCUUCUCCUGUUUUUGAGGAAAAUGUUUGUAAAGAGACUAAUGAACCGACGAGUGGGGACACGGCGACUUCACAGGCUGUAGUUGUGCACGACUGGACUGAGCGUAGUGAGGAGAUUACCACGAUUUAUUGUCUGCUGCAGAAACAUACAAAUCCAAAGUCAUAGCACCACCAAGUGGCCAAAAUGGAUUUGCAGUGGAGUUGUCUCCCCCCCCCCCGUUGUCUGUGCUGUAAAAAUAAGGGAAUGUACAUAAUUAUGUUGACCUUGUCCUGUGUUGUUUUGUCAGCAUGUUUUGUGAACCACUUAGAGAAGAUUCAUGAAAACUUUUUAAACGUCAAAUUGUAUUAAAAAUAUGCUAAUGCUA